UGCUCGGUGGAGCCAAAGCUGGGCGGGCUGGGGCGAGCUGGUGCCGAUCGCUGCUCGGGUCUGCAGGUCCCUGCGGCCCCGAGGGAGGGGCUCCUGAGGACAGAGCCUGCCUCUGUUUACCCCGCAGCUUUGCCAGCGAGCGCAUCGGCCCCAGCGAACCCCCAGCAGCACCCGGAAAGGCCGUUCCGCCCCGCGAGAGAAAGAGGGCCGUUGACCAUGGUUGCGACCGGCAGUUUGAGCAGUAAGAACCCGGCCAGCAUUUCAGAGCUGCUGGACGGUGGCUUCCACCGGGGGAGCCUGUUAAAUGAUUUUGACUACUGGGAUUAUGUUGUUCCUGAACCCAACCUCAGUGAGGUGAUAUUUGAGGAGACAACUUGCCAGAAUUUGGUUAAAAUGCUGGAGAACUGUCUGUCCAAAUCAAAGCAAACCAAACUCGGUUGCUCCAAAGUCCUUGUCCCGGAGAAACUGACCCGGAGAAUCGCGCAGGACGUGCUGCGGCUGUCGUCCACUGAGCCCUGCGGCCUGCGCGGGUGUGUGAUGCACGUGAACCUGGAGAUUGAAAAUGUAUGUAAAAAGCUGGAUCGGAUCGUGUGCGAUUCUAGCGUGGUGCCCACUUUCGAGCUGACGCUUGUGUUUAAACAGGAGAGCUGCUCAUGGACGAGCUUCAGGGACUUUUUCUUUAGUCGAGGGCGCUUCUCCUCUGGCCUCAAGCGAACUCUGAUCCUGAGCUCAGGAUUUCGACUUGUUAAGAAAAAGCUUUACUCCUUGAUUGGAACCACAGUCGUUGAAGAGUGCUGAAAGGGAAACAUUUAACAGGUCCUCUGUAUGAUUGGGUCAUAAAACCGCCCGGCUGCUGGGCUGCUCUGGUCUAGCCACAUAGUUUGCCUGCCUGCUCUCCACAAGAAGCCCCAUAUGGAGUUCGGCUUCCUCUUUCAUAUGCAUAGCAACCCCAACACAGGGCUUAUUCUGUGGCUUUUGAGAAAUGACCCAAGAGAAUAUACAUUGUCUGCAUAUAUCACAUUUUUUACAAAAUGGAAUGGAAUGGAAUAAGGGAGGAAAAGAAGCAAUACCCUUUAGUUUUAUAUUUGACCCCACAAAGUUAUUCAGGUAGUCUUGCUAAUAGACUCCAUAAACCAACUUCACCUAGUUUGAUUUUCAUAUGGCUUUCUUUCUCUAAGUUUUCAGAGUGAUCCUUUCAAUUACAGAAUCUUACUGAAUGAUGCUUAGUCCAUCAAAACUUCCAGAAGCCCACACCUCCAAUUUCAUGCCCCUACUCAAGUGAGUGAGCUUCAUUAAAACUUAACCCCAUGCCAGGGUGAAUAAUAACCGUCACAGCGAAGCAGAACUCGUCACUGCAUCAGGAGUUUCUUUGCAUCCUCUCCUCUUUAAAGAGGAAGCAAAAGCUAGAGCUGCCGUUUUGUAACCACAGUAUUGUUUUAAGUGACUUUAUGGUACAAUAUAAGCUCAGUUUUGCUAGUUCUCUUGUAUUGAAUGGUUAUCUUUCAACUAGAAAAAUGGAAAACGUUGGACUGAUUUUUUGCAUGUAGAUGAUUACUGUUGCAUUGAGUGAAUGGGGAAAGAGUUCUCAGGCUGGCUCCUUUCUCCUCCAUUUGCUAAUCAAGCUUCUUUUCACUCUUUCAUGUGCUUCAUCUCAGGUGAGCCAUCUCACCAGGUCAGUGUUAUCUCAUCCCUGGCCUCUCUUGGGAACCAAAGUAUCUCUCCUUAACCCGAAUCCUCAGAGAGAUAGCUGCACACUCCCACUUUUAAUUAUUGAUGAGCCUAUUUACAAAACCUGCUUUGGCUCUGGGUAGCCAGUUUAUAGUACAGACCAGAGAAAGCAAGUCAUGAUGUGGCUAACCAGUGCACGCACCCAGCCCUGGAUUCCUGGCCCCAGGGGCCAAUAAAGGCCUUAUUUUGUUCUGGUUCCAACCAGCUAGAUUAGAUCAGAUGACUAUCCUUGUUUUUUUUAUGUGAAUGAGAGAAUGUAGCCCCCACUGCAGUGUUCCAUUCAGCAAACCUUCAGGUCCUUGCUGGAGGCCACGGAUAAGGACCUCAUUCAGGUGUCCUGCCCAAGCUGUUAGCACCACUUUGCAUACCUGAGGCCAGGGUUGUAAAGACAGGUGGCUUCAGCCUGGUGUAUCUCAAAAGCGGGUGUGAUCCUAUUACUAAUUCCAUAAAUGACGUAAGUUUCACUGUUCAAAUCAGCAAGUGUUCUAACUAAACUCUUCAAAUGAUUGGGAAGAUUCCACAGAACGGAUCCCUACAGGACGGGAUGGGGUCAGUCAGCUUUGUCUUGCGUGUCUGUCAUAGUUCAGGGCUCUCAGGUCACUGUGAUGCUGUGGGUGAGGCUUCUCCCGUGGAGGUAGACCUGUGGUCCUUUUCCCACUAACAGCUGUCUUUGACUCUCUUGUCUUUGAUGUUCACAAAAUGGUGAUGGCUGAUAGAGACUCUUAAAUUAAUAUUCCUGUUAAAGGAAAUUAAGGUUUGUCUAUUUUUGACAAUAAAGUAUUGUAUUUUUUAA